AAUAUGGAGAUGAAAAGGCCUCUUUGAUUGACAAUCAAAUCUUGAGUUUGGAGGUUAUGGUUGUAUGUGACAGUCAUCCUGAUAAUGAGAUCAUCAUGUGUCCUAGUUGUGUGCACCGAGAGGUAUAAACAAUAAAAAAAGAGGAGGGCUAACUUGAACUUUAUUAGAGAAAAAGACUGAAAAGAAAGCGAGAUAAUAAGGUAGUUCGUGCAGCAAAUAAAGAAGGAAGUGCUGCUAAACUGGCUGCUUUAUUUGCAAACGAAUUACCUGAUCUAAGCAACGAGAGUGUGAUGGCUGAAGAAAGAAAGCGUAUCUUGUUGUUUAAUUGUAAUGAAUAUGUUGAAUUCAAUAAUGGAGAAGCCACUUUACCUACUCGAGUUACUUGUUAUUGUCGUCAUCAUAGUGAAAAGACAGGAUUUCGUAUUGUAUUUACCUUGAAAGACCAUUUAGACCAAGUGAUUGGUACAGGACGUUCGCCCCCUAUUAUGAUUACAGAUGACCACAAGAGUAGUAAAUUACAACAACAAACAGCAGCACGAAAAAGAGCCCGUGCUGAUAUGGAUGCUUCAGCCACAGAAAGUGAUGUGCCAUCCAGUAAACGAAAGACAGUCGAAAUAGAGACAGAUUCAGGUGUGUCUAGUCCAGUUGCAUCUACACCAGCCACACCUUCUUCCCCUAUAGAACAAGAAGAGAUACCCAAUGAAACACCUUUAUUUCAACAACAACAACAACAACAACAACAACAGGAUAUGGUUCAUUCUCAUUAUAUACCACCCCAUCCUUCUUCUUUUGUUCCCCAGCAGCAACAACAGCAAACAGAUGUGUUUGAUUUCUUAAAUUCGCAUGAUAUGAUGAAUACACAGCCUGUAUUGAAUCAAUUUAAUCCUAUGAACAACUUACUCUUUAAUACAAAUCAACAUGGACGUCGUCCUGAAGAUUAUUCACUCUAUAAUCAACAACAACAACAACAAUCUCAACAACAAUCUCAACAACACAUUUAUGCUAAACUUCAAGAAAGAAAUGUAGAAGGCAGCAAGACCAAUGUACCUCGCUUACAUCGCCUUAUUCCUUCUGAGGGACCAGUUUAUGGUGGUGCAGAAGUGACUGUCUUAGGAUCCAAUUUCUAUGAAGGUUUAACCUGUCUGUUUGGUGAAAAUCCAGCGAUUCCUACUCAUUGUUGGAGUGCCAAUACGCUCUUGUGUAUUUUACCUCCAGCAACUUCAGCAGGACCUGUUGUUGUGUCCUUUAAAGAACACCCAUUGAUGUUGGAAGGACAAGAUGUUGUCUUGUUUACUUAUUUUGAUGAAAGUGAUCGAGCCUUGAUGGAAUUAGCCUUACAAGUGGUGGGCCUCAAAACGAUGGGUAAAGUAGAAGACGCAAGACAAAUUGCUAUGCGCAUUGUUCAAGGCGAUAAUCAUCCAAAGGACACUUAUGCCACUCAUACCAAAAAAAUGACAACCAUGGAAGCCAAUGCUGUCUAUGACAAUGCCCGUACCUUGUUCCUAUCUGGAUUAGAACACCACAUCACACAAUCCCUAUUGGCUCUUGAAUUCAUACCCACUCCUUUCUGUAUCGAUCUCUCCUUGACAAACAGACACCAACACAGCCUACUUCAUUUGGCUACACUGUGUGGUCAUGUGACACUUGUGAAGACAUUGAUCCAACUUGAUUGCAAUGUCAAUCAAAUGGACAAGAAUGGAUUUACAGCACUUCAUUUUGCCAGUUGGUCUGGUCAAGCAGAGAUUGUUCAACUGUUGAUUGACAAGACUAAUUUGUCGAUUGUGAAUCGAGGUGGUAAGACAGCAGAACGAUUGGCGAUUGAAGCAGGGCAUCAUCAUGUGAUUAGCUUAUUUCAAAAACGACACAAACAAGCACCUGUCAAUGUUCGUAUACCAUUGACUGAUUUCAUUCCUCCUUUGACAGAUGUGUUGCCUACACGACUCUUGGGGUUCUUAUCCCAUCUGUACCGUACCACCUCAUGUGCUCAACGUGUGGUACAUUCAGCAGGCCAAUUGUACCAUUUCAUGUUGGAUCCUUUUUAGUUUAAAAAAACUCUUUUAAUUAAACAAACUUUAGGGUCUACUAUAUGACCUUGAAUGAUAUUGACGUACAGAUGCUUGUUCUAAGUGUUGCCAUGUCUGGACUAAAUCAGGC